AUGCGAAAUACUUUGGUAUUUGGCUCAACAAAACAGCUCAGAUUUGACACGCACCGCAAAAAGCUUCUUACCAGGGCGGCCAGCAGCCUAGAAGCCUUCCGUGGCAUCUCAGGGUCUACGUGGGUUGCACCAUUGAUGACCAUGCCAUGGGAGGUGGCAAAGCUGGUCAAUGAGCUCACAAAACUCCAAAAACGUGCAGCGAUUCUGAUCAGUGGCGCGUUCAAGCGCAUCUCCACUGCCGCGCUCGACAUUGACCUAUUUGUCCUGUCGAAGCUACUUCAUGUCUUUUGGCCACGACUGCUGCCGCCAUGGCGAGCCGAGUCCUUCACGAACAUUGAGAUCGGGUCAGACCGAGAGACGACAGGAGAACGGGCCGAGGCCGUACGGUCCACGUCCGACAUUUUCGGCUACUCAGGCGCCUCUGGACGCGAGGGCCACUUGGGUGCCGCCGUUAUCGCGCUUGACAACAACCUAGAUGUCAUAGAGUCGCAACAGGUCCAGGUAGGACCGAUGGACCGGUGGUCGGUCCACGUAGCGGCGCCGAUUGGCAUUUUCUAUGCUAUCAGCACAGUGUUCAAACAUGCUCACCAGCGCCUAAGAACUGUAGACAGUGAAAAAACGACAGCGACGACCCUAUGUGACAGCAGAUCAGCCCUGCAGGCAGUCCAAAACGGGGGACACAAAUCCGGACAAAGGGUCAUCCAUGCCAUUUUCCAGGCGGCCACAGAGGUUCAAGCGGCGGGAUUGGCGCUUCGCCUUCAGUGGGUGCCAGGGCAUUGCGACAACCUAGGAAACGACGUAGCGGGUCGACUGGCCAAGGACGCCGUAGGCCCCGGCAAAACACACCCCUUCCGCUCCCUUCUCACGAGGGAGACGGCGUUUAUUCGCGGCAAAACCCUCCGUCAGUGGGAGCAAGAAUGGAAGUCAUAUUUAUAA